GGGGGGGGGGGGGGGGAGGGGGAAGAGACAGACGGAGGCAAAGUCGAGGCAGCAGCAACAAGUAACUAUGAGGAAAGGGGAAAAACAGAAUGUCCGCCUCCAGCCAGCCAGCCCAGUCGGCCACACUGAGAGCGCGGAACUGUUUUCCUCGCCAAUGAUCCCCUCCACCUCCACGCUUCCUCCAUGCUUGGUUGGGUCCACCAAGCCUGUUUGCUCCCUCUGUUUCCCCCGUCUGUCCCACGGCCCUUUCUCUCGUCGCUGCGUCGGUCAGUCUUCCCGGCAAAGUCUGCGCGUGGGACAGUGCUUCGUCUCCCUUAUAUAGCCAGCCCGCCUUCUCGGGUCCUGUCUGCUCGCUCCAUCUUUUCCUUCUUCCCCUCCGCUCAGUCUCCGUCAACCCCCCCCCCCCCCCCCAACUCAAAACAUCCCAAUUCCAUCUCCUCCAUCCCUCAUCCCUUCGUCUCGUCCGAUAUUGGUCUAUUGCACUUGCACUGGGCUACUUUACGUCGUCAUUUACCCACAGGGCCAGUACGCAGGUCUCCGGUGAUGGAACGCAGCGGCCGGAUGGCUUGGGCUGGGCUGGGCUGGGCUGGGCUGUGCCACCACUCACCCGCCCAACAAACAGCAUGCGUGUUGGCAAACUAAGCCAUGUAAGUCAUGUCCCCAGGUCCCUCUGCCCGUGGGCUAACAUUUUGUUGGAUACCAGCACCAACUCCAACCGAACCCCGCGGGGGAUCACCACUGACCAUCAGGUCCCCGAAUCACCCAACCCACGCCCCAUGA